CGUGAUUCCCAGGCUUUCUCAGCAAUAUACCCCACUUCCUGAUAUACUUACCACUGAGGGUGAAUUUUCUUUUUGCAAGAAGAAAGUUUUGGUGAAGAGUUAUCCAACAGCAAAAGGACCUUGUGUCUAUUCAAAUAGACAAGAAGAAGGGAGGCAAAUUCCAGCCUUUUAAGAAGCUGUUUGGCAAAAGGAAAAAGAAAGACGCUUCGUUGGCUCGGGAGGAGUCUGUAGGGAAGAAGAGGUACUCUCCCCGGAGUGGCAGCAAUGGGACCUUCUCUUCGGAUGAGGAGACCCUGGAGGACAAUCUGAGGUCCUUCAACUAUUCUAUGGGAACCCGGGCGUUUUCCCAUGACAGUAUUUUUAUCCCUGAUGGGGGAGCAGAAAGUGAGCAGACAGUUCACGCAAUGUCACAGGACAACAUCCUGGGCAAAGUCAAAACUCUUCAGUCGACUAAGCAGUAUGUUCCUGCAACAGUUGAGCAAGAAUAUCAAGUUUGGGCACCGGCCACCCAAUGCCAUUCCCAUGAAGAAGGCAGACAGUGGAGAGGCCAACUUGGAGGAGGAUCUGUUCCUGACCAGUCCCUUGGAAAUUGUGACUCAGCAGGAUAUCGUCCUCUCAGAUACUGAGAACAAAUCCAGUGAUACCACGCCAAGUUCUCUCAAUCCACUGAAUCCACCUGGAGCUGGAAGUGCAAUGGAAGAGAAGGUUGCUCCAGUUAAACCAUCUCGGCCAAAAAGGCACUUCUCUUCUGCUGGCACCAUCGAAAGUGUCAACCUAGAUGCCAUCCCCCUGGCCAUUGCCCGCCUGGACAACAGUGCUGCCAAGCACAAACUGUCAGUCAAGCCAAAAAACCAGAGGGUGUCAAAGAAGCACAGGUGGCUUGCCCAGGAUCGACAACAUGAGCAAGGCAGCCUUGAGAGUCAGCCCUCCGUGGACCAGAAUGGACACCCAGGAGAGGACAAGCAAGCAUGGCGUGAAAAGGAACCUGAGCCACUGGGUUCUGAGGAAGAGAAAAGACACCAAGAAGAAUAUUGGCGAGAACUAGAGGCCAAGUGCAAACAGCAAAAGGCAGAAGCAGCCGAGAAGAGACGCCUAGAGGAGCAGAGGCUGCAGGCGCUGGAGAGGAGGCUCUGGGAAGAGAACAGAAGGCAGGAGCUCCUGGAGGAAGGCGAGGAAGAGGAGAGCGAGCAGAUGGAGCUGCAGCUAGAGGCAGAGAAGUUGCAGCAAGAAAAGCAACAGCAGGGCCUGGAAGAGCAAGGGUGGCAGGACCAAGAACGGAGGGAGUGGGAGGAAAGAAAGCACCUGGAGGCCAAAGAGCAGCUGGAGGAGAAGCUCCGACAGCACCAGCAGGAGGAGCUGGAGGCACAGAGGCGGCAGCUGGAGGAAGAGGAGGCCAGGAGGCUGGAGGAGCUGGAGGCACAGAGAAGGCAGCUGGAGGAGGAGGCCAGGAGGCUGGAGGAGCUGGAGGCACAGAGUUGGCAGCUGGAGGAAGAGGAGGCCAGGAGGCUGGAGGAGCUGGAGGCCAGGAGGCUGGAGGAGCUGGAGGCACAGAGGCAGCAACUGGAGGAAGAGGAGGCCAGGAGGCUGGAGGAGGAGGCCAGGAGGCAGCGAGAGAACCUGGAGACACAGAGGCAGCAGGAGGCCGAGAGGCUGCAGCUGGAGGAAGAGGAGGCCAGGAAGCAGGAAGAGGAAGCCAGGAGGCUGGAGAAGGAGGAAGGAAAAUGGGUGGAGGAGCUCAGAAGGCAGGAGGAAAUGGAGGUGCAGAGGCAGCAGGGGACGGAGGAGCUUGGGGAAGCACCACAGAGACCAGAAGAAGAGAGACAGCUGGAGCUAGAGGAUAAAAGGGGCCUGCAGAGUCCACUUCAGAAUGACUUUGAAGAGAAGCCAGAAGAACAAGAAAGCCUGAAACCCAAAAGACAAAGGAAACACUCCGAGGAACCAAGUACCUGUGAGGAGUGGAGCCAGGAGGCUGAGCCCGCAGGAGAGCAGCAGGGGAAAGGGGUGGGUCUUCGCGGGGGUGAUGGUGGUGUCCUUGAGGAAAAGAGAGGAGACACUAAACUAGAAGCUCCCCUGCAACAGGAGAAGCAGAUGGGAGAAACACUGCCUCCAGUGGAGAAGAAAGAAGCUGCCGUUCCAGAAAAAGACCGAAAGCUGGAGGAACUCAGGUGGCAGGAGGUAGAUGAGAGGCAGACCAUGCCCAGGCCCUACACGUUCCAGGUAUCCUCAGGAGGGAAACAGAUUCUCUUCCCCAAGGUCAAUCUGAGCCCCGUGACACCCGUGAAAGACGUAGGACUUGCCUCUGCCUCCCAGGAGCCAAAGGCCCCCAAAGCCAGCCUGGCCUCACAUGCCCCAGCCUCAUCCGUGAGCAUUCCCCACACGGCCAUCCUGGUCACAGGAGCACAGCUUUGUGGCCCAGCCGUCAACCUGAACCAGAUCAAGGACACGGCCUGCAAGUCUCUCCUGGGCUUGUUAGAAGAAAAGAAGCCCGUGGAUGUCCCCACUGUGGAGAACCCACCCCGAGCCCCUGGGGACUCCCGGGCAGGUGGUGGGAAGGUCAGGCCUCCCCAGGAGCCUCCGAGCAGUGCAGCCGCACUGGCCGAAUGGGCCUCCAUCCGAUCCAGAAUCCUGAAGAACGCAGAGGGUGACCCACGCAGUGAGAGAGACCAGGGGCCCGGUGAUGAGCCCACCCCCAGGGGCCGAUGCGAUUCCCGCGGGAACCUCCGGAAGACCUCUCCAGUAAAUGCGAAGUUCUCUAUCAUGCCCGCCUGGCAGAAGUUCUCUGAUGGUGGCACGGAGACCUCCAAGCAGAAUAUGGAGGCUGAAAGCAUUAGAAAAAAACCCGUGCUGGGACCCAGCGAAGAGACAGCACCCCAGCCCCCACCUGCAGGUACUCACGAGCACCAGAAGGGUCCGGAGAAGCCGGAGGUGCAGCCGGAGCCAGCAGACACCACAGAGGGAUGCAAAUUUGCCAAAGACCUCCCAUCUUUCCUAGUUCCCAGCCUUCCUUACCCUCCGCAGAAAGCAGUGGCCCAUACAGAGUCCACGACCUCUUUGGACAGCGAGACCACAGGUGGUAUAGCAAAGCCAGAUGCCACAAUGCCAGGCGGGGAGGAGAAGACCUCACCUUUUGGGAUAAAAUUGAGAAGGACCAACUACUCCUUGCGUUUCCACUGUGACCAACAGGCAGAACAGAAGAAGAAGAAGAGGCACAGCAGCACAGGAGACAGUGCCGAGGGGGCACCACCUGCAGGGGGGAGCGUCACUGGGGGGAAGGAGACAGCGGGUGUGGCCCUCAAGCAUGGCCCAUUCCUCCCCCAAGAGAGGAAGCAAGCCCUAUCCACCCGGAGGGACUCUGCUGAAAGCCCUUCCAGCGGCCACUCUCCUGUUGUCCAUCCCGGGCCCCCACCGGCCAGCAGCCAGACCCCAGCUCCAGAGCACGACAAGGCAGCAAACAAAAUGCCAUUGGUGCAGAAGCCAGCACUGGCUCCCAAGCCUGCUGGCCACACCCCGCCGUCGUCCCCACUCUCCAAGCUGAGCAGGCCCUACCUGGUAGAGCUGCUGGCUCGUCGAGCGGGGAAGCCUGACCCGGAGCACAGCGAGCCGUCCAAGGAGGGCCAGGAGAGCAGUGAUCCCCAGCCACACUCGCCACCACCCCUCAAAGAAAGGGAGGGACACAAGAGAGACGAGGAGGAAGAGGCCGCGGAGAGGAAGCCCCCUCCCCCGCCUCUGUCUACUGCUCAGCAAGAGAAACCUUCCCAAACCCCUGAGGCCGGGAGGAAAGAGAAGCCGAUGCUUCAGAGCAGGCACUCUUUAGAUGGUUCCAAACUUACGGAGAAAGUCGAAACCGCACAGCCACUGUGGAUAACAUUAGCGCUGCAAAAACAAAAGGGAUUUCGGGAGCAGCAAGCGACUCGGGAGGAGAGGAAGCAAGCCAGGGAGGCCAAACAGGCAGAAAAACUCUCCAAAGAAAAUGUCAGUGUCAGCCUGCAACCUGCAAGCACCAGUGUCAGCAGAGCGGGUUCCCUGCACAAAUCCACCACUCCUCCUGACGAGAAGAAGCCCGAGACUGCGGUGUCCGGGCUUGAGCGUAGAGAACAGCUGAAAAAGGCCAAUACUCUUCCUACUUCUGUGACAGUGGAGAUCUCCGAUUCAGCUCCCACAGCACCGCUGGUGAAGGAAGUCACCAAGAGGUUCUCCACCCCAGACGCUGCUCCUGUGUCAACAGAACCAGCCUGGCUGGCUUUGGCCAAAAGGAAAGCAAAGGCCUGGAGCGACUGUCCACAGAUUAUUAAGUAAAGGGUGAUUCUUUUCCAUUCCUGUUGCCAGUUCCUGGCUCCUCUCUUGCCCUUUUUAUUUAUUUAUUUUUUAUAUGAGGUAAAGAAACAAAGUUAGGGAAACGAAGCAUGUUUUACAGGCUCUAAAAUAACGUUUAGAAGCAGAACUGGUGGUGUCGAUUGUAAAGAGUGUAUUUGCACAACCCUAGGUCUUGGUGCCUUGAGCUCUUCCUAGUUCUCGAGAGAAAAUUCCGUCCAAGAGACCACAAUGAAGCAAAAUCUCCAAACAAAGAACUGCUCCCGAGAGCCUACCAUGCUCUUCAGGGGCCCUUCCACACAUAUGCCCACACACUAUUCAGAACACGUACUUUUGCCAGUUUUUGUAAUGGGUUUUUGAUUCUCUGCUCUAAUUUCUUCUAUCCAGAACAUUUACCCUGCCAUAUGUUUGGGGAUGUCUGCCCUUUCUACAGUCAUGGUGAAAGGAUCAUAUAUAGAUAGAAACAAGAACACCCGUUCUUCUGAGUGCCCUGAGUAACUGAGAAUCACAGGAAAUAGUCUGGCUUCCAACUCUGUGCCCAAGUCUGGUUUUCAUGAACCUCCCCACCCUGAAGCUGUAACAUGGAAGGCAAAUCUGUUUACCUUCUACCACACUGUUGAUCCACAGGCCCCAUUACAUCAGUACCCUCCUUAAGGACAUGUGAAGCAUUUGGUCAGUUGGCUCCCAGGGAACAUUUUUGUUUAACACGGUGAAGAAAGGAAAUUCUGUAUCAGAGCUACAAGUUCUCCUUUCAUCUCUGAGAAUCUCCAUCUAGUGCAGUAGCUCUUUAGAUGUGCAGGCUCCAUCCCAGGCCUACUGAAUCGGAUCCUAUGAGAAUGGGACCGGGAGUGUACAUUCCAGAAAAAAACUUCAGAUGAAUUCUCAUAUAUCCCAAAGGUUAAGAACCUUGGGAUACUCUGAUUCUAGUGUAAUCUAGUGUUUCAGAUUCCGAAGAGGAGGCUCAUUUACCCAAAGAAGCAAAAGUGAGAGGAGAAAUAAAACAACCCCUCAAACUGGCCAUUUAUUACAGGUAUGACAGACAGGCUGUUGACAUUACAUGUCUCAGAAAACUCCCUUUGGUAUUUAGGGAAAAUUAACGGGAAGCCAAGAUCUGGAGACUUUGUACUAAGGACUUCCUGUAGAAAGCUUUUUUCUUUACUAUAAUUGAGUAAUUCAUAUCUAGAGUCAAAUGUUCAGUAGCAUUUAUAAUCUAGAGCAUUCACCUUGCUACCUUUAAAAACACAUCUCAGAGUUUUAAGUGGCCUUUGUAUUAUCAUAUACAUGUGCAUACAAAGAAGGGACUUGGCAGUUUAAAAGCCACAUGUAUUCACUUUUAUUUCCCUAAAUUUGCUUUACAUGUAUCAUAGACAUACCAGCAAACCCACAUAUUUCUGGUACUAACUUCAUAUUUCAUAGUGUUGACAUAUUCCCCUUUUUUUAGAUUUUUACUCCAAAAUAUAGGUACAAAUCCUUUGGCCAGUGCAGAGGAAUUACAUCCUUUUCCUUCUCCUACAAAAACACACAUAUCCGUCAUUAACUUUCUCCUGUGCUCACUCCAUACACAAGGUGCUGCUAUUUUUAUCAUUUACCUUAAAGAAAGGAUGACAUCAGUUAUUUACCAUAUAGAAGCCACUUUCUUUCUAGGAACAAUUGCUCAGCACUGCUGUAGCAGCUGGCAUGUGUGGUCAAGUGGAUAGUUGUAUUCCUGCAAGUUGGACUUAAUAUUAUAUAUACUGGGCCCUCAGACUGUUAAGAAUCAAUGUAAAAAUUUUUUUAUUGCUAUGGAAAGUUAUUAAUAUUCCAUUGCAAGUUUUCCACACUGAUGUUCAUUUCUAAAUCUUAUAUAUAGGCAUUUAUAUGUUAGUUCCAAUGACUUCCUCACUAAUAUAACACUUUUUAAUGGGGAUCUUUCCAUCUAGAACUCUAGAAUUAUAGUGCUACAGUAAUUCUUCUGAGUGGACUUUUUAUUUCAUCCUGUCAGCUUUGGACAAUAUCACGGUAGUGGCAGGGAAUAGGCAAGGAAAGAUCAUUAACAACGAAUGGUAAACGAGUCAACUCUGGACUGGCUUAGAUACCAUUGCGCCAAUACAAAGUAGGAGAAAUAUCUCAGUUAAUUUUCCAUUAAAGCCUUUAAAAGAAGAAUAUACCGAGGAAAGGGCAGUCACAGUACUUACUUCUAACCACUUCUAAAGGGUACAUGUUUAAAAAAAAGGUACACAUUUAACAUUUCAUUUAAAAAUCACCCCAAAUUUGCACUAAAUACCAAUGAAGUGUUAUUUUGCUUUAGUUGUGUUGGUCGUUACUGAGCAACAAACUAUGGGGAAAUUCUGUAAAAACGUAUAAAAAAAGUUCAAGACAGUUUUUUUAUUUUAAUGAAGGAUUACUAUGUUCACUACACAGCUUUUUUUUUUUUUUUUUAAAUUUAAAUAAACAUAUAUUUCUCCUGGCAAGGUUAUAGAUGAUUAACCUCUGUUAAUAGACUUACGUAUAAAACUAGCAUUUUCUGUUUACUUUUUUAAUUUUUCAAGUGCAAUUGUUUCUUACACAAACAUUAUUAAUUACUAUUAAGUUAUCAUUUUAGCCGGUUAUCUGCAAAUGUAUAGUAUAUAUUGUCUCUUCUUGUGACGUUUAGUUUAAUUGCUUAUUUUAAAGCAGAAACAUCAGUUACAAGUGUCUUGCAAUAUUUUUACCAACAAUAAAAUUACAGACUUAAUGAAAAUACCUUAGCGUGAUUUUAAUAGUUUUGAGAUUUCAGUUGUAUAAAGAUUAAUGUAAAAUGUCCAUUAUUGAAGGGAAAAGAUCUUUCAAUAAAAAAUACCGACAAGAUGUUUAGCACUGAUGGAAUUUCCUUUUAAGUUGAAGUUUUUACUAAUUUCUGUGACUAUCUACAAGCAAUCUCAUAUUUACAUAGCUUUUGUUGAACAAGAAAAAUUUCAAGGUGUUUUAUAUGGUACUCUAUUUUUCAUUAGGUAUUUUGGAGAAAAAUAGUGAGUGGGGUAAAUAAAGUUUAUCUCAAUCUCAAA